AUGGAUUACGAAAACAAUACAUUUUUUGACGAAGAUGUCUUGGAGUAUGCCCGUGAAUUGUAUCAACCCCAUCGCAUUGAUCAUAACAAAAACAACCAUUAUCAACAGCCACAAAAACCACAUGAGGACCCUUCCUCUAGCAGAAACAGCAUUCUGGACAACAAAAGCGACCAUCAACAGCAACGAGAACCACAUGACGACCCUUCCUCUAGUAGAAACAGCAUUCUGAACAACGACAACAAUACCGAUGAAGAUGUCUUGGAGUAUGCCCAUGAAGAAUAUCAACCCCACCUCAUUAGUCAUUACAAAAUCGACCAUCAACAGCAACAAAAACCACGUGAAGACCCUUCCUCUAGUAGAAACAGCAUCCUGAACAACGACAACAAUACCGAUGAAGAUGUGUUGGAAUAUGCCCGUGAAUAUCAACCCUAUUGCAUUGAUCGUAACAAAAAUUACAAAAACAACCAUCAACAGCAACAAAAACCACAUAAGGACCUUUCCUCUAGCAGAAACAACAUUCGGGGCAUCAAAAACGGGCCUCUACAGCAACAAAAACCACCUAAGGACCCUUCCUCUAGCAGAAACAACAUUCGGGGCAUCAAAAACGAGCCUCUACAGCAACAAAAACCACCUAAGGACCCUUCCUCUAGCAGAAACAGCAUUCCGAACAAUGACCAUCAACAGCAACAAAAACCACCUAAUGACUUUUUGUCUAACAGCAUUCGGGAACAGUAUGGUUGGCAUUAUAAACACAACCAUCAACUACUUGUUUGCCAUUCUAAUCUGAUCGAAGAGACAACAAAAUCUCAAAAAUUUAAUGAAGAACUCGAUGAUGAUGCUAAUUAUGCUCAAGAUGGUGACAUUAUUUUGUCUCGUAGAAUUGGGGAAGUUCUUGGCCGUUAUAACAACAACAAUCAACUACAUGUUUGCCAUUCUAAUCUGAUUGAAGAGACAAUGAAAUCUCUAAAAAUUAAUGAAGAACAUGACGUUGAUGAUGAUGUUCAUCAUGAUGACAUUACCGAACUUUUAAAGCUGGGAGACGACCCUCGGAAUAACGGUGCAAUUGCGCUACAUGUUAGAAAUAUUAUAUCUGAACUUGAGAUUGCAGCAGAAGAGGAUGUGUAUCUAAACCGCAGAUUCGAUAAACAACCAGAGAUCUAUAAACUUAAAAAGCUGCUUCUUCUAACUCGAGUAUUAUCCACGAAACAAUUUCAGUCGAAGUUCUUGGAUGGUGGAGUGCUGAAUCUUUUGAGCAAAUGGCUUCAACCUCUCCCGGAUGGAAGGUUGCCCGACGUAAAAGUACGUGCAGGAAUAUUGAACAUCCUAACUGAGUUUCCGAUUGAUUUAGCUAAUUAUGGAACAAGAAAAGAAUUGAGCAUGAGUGGACUAGGAACGGUGCUUAUGUCCUUAAUCGAGUCUAAUGAGGAGACGGAUUCCAACAGAGAGCUUGCUACAGACUUGGUUUUUGAAUGGGCAUCUGUGGGAAUUCGGAAUUCCUAUAGUGUAGAAUAGCCGAUUUCUAGAUAGUUACGUUGAUAAUUUUAUUUCUAGCGGAACAGAACACUACUGGUAAUCUACCAAUCCGUUACUCAUAUGUCCUUAUUGUGAUUUUAACCCUGACACUCUAGUGAAGUUAUUGUACUUACAAAGAUUUAUUGGGUUAUCUAUCUAGUUAGCCAUGUUUUCAUGAUACAAGGAUGAAUUUUGUGAUGUUGGACGCUAUAA